UUCAACGCGCUGAACUAAACGAAUGAAGGGGAACACCAACUCAGCUGUCACCCCCGCCCCCAAGUGUCACUGGCUAGAAGAUCUUCCCCCGGUUUGCCGGCAGCACCGGUGGGUCUUGCCACCUCUGCGCCCCGCAGCCCUCCGGAGGCUGCCGUUGCUGUCUGUUGACAGGCGUCCCCUCAGAACGGGAGCUCCUCCAGCGCAAGGCCCCGCUCAGCACCCCCGGUCCCGGGGGCCCCCACGGAGGCCGCCGCGCUCAGUGAAACUUUGCCGCGCGCAGCAGUGGCCGGAGACCCGCGCGGACCCUCUCCCCGCGGGGACCGGCCAGGGCGAGCCGCCCCUCCCCCGCGGCAGACGACCCGACCUGGGCCAAGGUCGGCCAAGUCCUCGCCGCCUGCCCAGAGGCCCCUGGACCCACAGGACCCGGACCCGAGUGCGCGGAAGCCUCCGAGCCGCGGCCAGGUCUCAGAAUGCGCGGCGGGGCAGCCCGGCCCGUCAAGCAGCGAAGCCGAAACUAGAAGCCUGAGGUCUGGCUUCGUCACU